CCAUUUAAUUAUACAAACAAAAUGGUUAAAUUUUCAAAUCUUAUCCAAACUCCAAGUGGUAAAAACAAAAGAUUGGUCCUUCAUUCGGGUCAACAAGUGGAGCUUCAACAAACAUUGCCCAAGCUGAAGCCUUGGGUCAACACACUUCUCCCGUGCCGCUCGCUGCCGACUGAGGACAAAGGGCUUCAAAAUUCGUAGCGGGGAAGGCUGUUUGUGGACACCAAUCAGCGUUCCAAGAUGAAAUCUGAGGCAGUGACAUUGAUAUUGGUGAAUCUGGCUGCUAUCAUGGAGAGGGCCGAUGAGUCCCUGUUGCCUGGAGUUUACAAGGAAGUUGGAGCCGCUCUUCACACCGAUCCCACUGGCUUGGGAUCCCUAACUCUCUUCAGAUCUCUAGUUCAGUCUUCUUGUUACCCUUUAGCUGCUUACUUAGCUAUGCAUCACAACCGCGCCCAUGUCAUCGCUUUAGGUGCUUUUCUGUGGGCCGCUGCCACUUUUCUCGUCGCCCUUUCCUCCACAUUCUUGCAGGUGGCAAUUUCCAGAGGCUUAAAUGGUAUCGGUCUUGCCAUAGUGGUACCUUCCAUUCAGUCCCUCGUUGCUGAUUCCACUGAUGAUAGCAACCGUGGCUUGGCUUUUGGAUGGCUACAACUAACUGGAAAUCUUGGUUCGAUCAUUGGUGGUCUUUCUUCUGUUUUAAUGGCCUCCACAUCUGUCAUGGGAAUCCCCGGAUGGAGAAUUGCCUUCCAUCUCGUUGGUCUGAUUAGUGUCAUAGUUGGUAUGCUAGUAUGGCUUUUUGCAGACGAUCCACGCUUUUCCGAGAUUGAUGGAACAACAAAGGAUCGACCACGCAAGCCAUUCUGGUCACAAAUGAAGGAUCUAGUUAAAGAAUCAAGGUCAGUUUUAGGGAUCCAAUCUUUCCAGAUAAUAGUAGCUCAAGGGGUUGCAGGAUCAUUUCCAUGGUCGGCUUUGUCGUUUGCUCCCAUGUGGCUUGAACUCAUCGGCUUUUCUCACGAGGAAACAGGAUUUCUUUGGACUCUCUUUAUAAUUGCUGGUUCAUUGGGCGGUCUUUUUGGAGGAAGAAUGGGAGAUAUCUUAUCAAAACGCUUUCCCAAUUCAGGAAGAAUAGUUCUGUCUCAGAUAAGCUCAGGUUCUGCCAUUCCUCUGGCUGCAAUUUUGCUGCUGGUUUUGCCGGACGAUCCAUCCACAGCGUUCUUGCAUGGACUGGUUUUGUUCAUAAUGGGUUUCAGCAUGUCAUGGAAUUCACCAGCAACUAACAAUCCAAUAUUUGCAGAGAUAGUCCCAGAGAAGUCCCGGACGAGCAUCUAUGCAUUGGAUCGAUCAUUUGAGUCGAUUCUGUCAUCGUUCGCUCCUCCUGUUGUUGGUGUUCUGGCCCAGCAUGUGUAUGGAUAUAAGCCAGUUGCAAGAGGAUCCUCAGAUUCUGCUGAGAUUGAAGCUGAUAGAGAGAAUGCAAAAUCACUAGCCAGGGCACUCUAUACAGCCAUUGGUAUUCCAAUGUCACUGUGCUGCUUCAUCUACUCUUUCCUGUAUUGCUCAUAUCCAAGAGACCGAGAGCGAGCUAGAAUGCACGCCCUGAUAGACUCUGAAAUGCUGCAGCUGGAGUCUACUACUACUACUACUACUACUAUUUCAAUGGCAACAGAUGUGGAUGAUAAGGAUCAAACAGAAAUCGAUCUUAUCUAUGAAAUUGAAGGCAGUCUUGACUUCAACGACAGCGAUGAAAAUCAUCCUCUUAAUCAUCAGCUAACAGUUUCUGAUGCUUAACCAUGAACUUACGGGAAAUAACGCGGGAAAUGAUGAUCAACACGAUAUUUUUUUUAACAUUUAAAAUUUACACAGCUAAAAUAGACAAUCUCUUCAUUUAGUGAUCCACAUGGAGAGAGAACCCAGCAUGAAUCAUUUAUGAGGCAGCUUUCCGUUUCC